GUAUUUUAUAUUUACUACGACACUCAGUAUACUUUCAACUAUUGUAGCUUGCACAAUAUCCCUAUUAUAUAUACGCGAGUAUGGACGUUAAUGUUGCGGCAUUCCUUGUCGGGCAAGAGAGAAAGCCUCUCGUUAUAGGGGAAGCAGAAGACAGAUUCGCAGACGAAAGUGAGAUCGUCAUCAAGACUGCCGCUGUUGCAAUGAAUAAAAUCGACACAAGUAUGCAGGACGAACCAUGGACCGUCUUCAACUACCCGUUAAUAUUAGGUUCCGACGUGGCUGGUGAAGUUGUGGAAGUCGGAUCCCUGGCCAAUCAAUUCAGUGUUGGGGAUCGUGUCUUAGGCCACGCACUUCGUCUAGCAACGGAAGAUGACCGCCACGGUGCGUUUCAGACCCAUACUGUCUUGAUGUCUAAUAUGGCGUGUGUUAUCCCACCAUCUCUGUCUUAUGAGAACGCCGUUGUUCUACCCUUGGGUAUUUCAACCGCGGCGGCCGCGUUAUUCCAAGAUGACACUCUGGCGCUUCAGCCACCCAAGGUGAACCCCGAAGAGAAAGACAUCUGGGUCAUAGUCUUGGGCGCGACGGGGUCCGUGGGCAGCAAUGGUGUUCGACUAGCAGCAGCAGCCGGCUACAAAGUGGUCGGAACGGCGUCGCCGAAAAGUUUCAGCCUUGCAAAGCAACUAGGUGCAACAGAAGUAGUUGACUAUAAUCAUCCUGACCUUGCUAAUGAAUUGGCUCGAGUGCUGUCUGGAAAGAAGACCGGGGGAGCAUUCGAUGGGAACGGCAGCCAAGAGACGAUCAAGACGGCUAUUGCAGCUGUCUCUCAGUGCGACGGAAAUAAGAUUGUUGCAACAGUAGGGGAUUGGAUUGAUCCAGACUGGAUUCCGAGGGGCGUCAAGGCACUUCCGAUCAUGGCGGUGGCGAUUCGAGAAAAUAAGGUCGGCCAAAUGGUCUACGAGGACUUUCUACCCCAUGCAUUGGCGGCAGAGAAGUACAUGAAGUACCCCGAGCCGCUUGUGUUUGGUGAAGGGCUCAGCUCGAUCCAGGACGCCCUUCAAAAGUCUAAGAGGUCGGGAGGCAAGAAAGUGGUAGUGACAAUUAAGUGAACCGCGCACGCGUAUCUAUUGCGAAUCUACGAUUGCCAAGGUUUAUAGCUUCAUCUAGA